AUGAAUCAUUCUUCCCUUAAGAGACAUUUCAACUUAUUCGAUGAAAAUCACGAUGAUUUGAGAAUUGAAUCAAUGAAAAAGCAAAAGACGGGUAUUCUACGUCCAACAAACAACACUGGCCUUUUGUCACCUCCAGUAACACCGGAACAUGUUAUGAAGGCUACUAUGCUCAAUGUCGAUUCGUUAAAACCGGUCUCUAAGAAUCUAUGUGCCAAAUUGUCCUUGCCGACCAAGUUGGUAUCUCCCUACACUACAGCAAAAAAUCUGUUUCAUAGAUGUUCAAUUCCAUAUACAAAGUCAAAGUUUUGUUUAAGUGGUCGAGAAAAGGAGUCAAGACUUCUCAAUGAUCACAUUGUUGACUCCCUGCAGGGACUCUAUUCGUCUUCCAUCUACAUUUCUGGGCCGCCAGGAACGGGUAAAUCGGCACAGACUAAUGCAUCAUUAAAUUAUAUACUUGAACAUUCUAAGCUGAUAGAACCUGAAAAGAAUUUAUACCAUUUGUCUCAGAUUGGAGAUCAGUUCAUUGAUCGGAAAAUUAGAGUGAUCAAGUUCAAUUGCAUGACUCUCUCAAACCCGUCAGAUUUGCUUAAACGCUUAUAUACAAGUAUCACUGGAAAGAAAUGCGAACGAUCCAUUGAAUCUUCGGAGAUUUUACGGUUAUUUAAUUCUUCUUUGGAUGGCUGUGAUAUGACUAUUCUAAUUCUUGAUGAAAUGGAUAAUAUUGUAUCCAAAUCCCAACAACCCUUGUUCGAAUUAUUCACUUCAGCUUCAAAUAGAUUUGAUGGAAAUCAAAAAUCAAAGCUAUUACUUAUUGGAAUAGCCAAUGCUUUAAACCUAACUGACAGGUUUUUACCAAGGCUGAGAGCAAACUGUAUUAACCCCACGUUAAUUCAAUUUUUACCUUACACAGCCGACCAGAUCAAGAGUGUCAUUACAGAGAAAUUGAUGACCUUGGUGCCUCAUGGUAAGGAAAAUAAAAGUAUGCCACCUUUGGUUCAUCCCGCUGCAAUCCAGUUUUGUGCAAAAAAAUCUGCGGCAACUACCGGUGAUCUUAGACGGGCUUUUGAUAUCAUGUAUGCAUCAAUUGAUUUAUUUGAACAAAGCCAAAUUCAAAAAGUCCAAUUAGUUGAGCUUGUAAAGCAAGAUAUCGAAAAUCUGCCUAAGGUUAUGAUCACACAAGUUGUUAAGGUUUGUUCAAACUCAUUCAAUGCCAAUUUUGAAAUGAAAUUGAAGCCUCUAACAAUCCAACAAAAACUGCUUCUUGCAUUUCUAUUUAAGUUUGAAGAGAUGGUGGAAACUGAAACCUCAAGAAAAAAAGCCGGAUUUUUAAAGAGCACAAAUGAUACCUCCUUAAAUGCUUUCUUUGCAUAUUACACUGAAAAGUGUAAAAAUCAUGAGCACAUCAAUUCGCUUAAAAGAUCAGAGUUCUUGGAAAUUAUCACAGCACUAGACAUCCAAGGUUUGGUUCUUAUCAAUACCAUUGGAGCAUCCUCCUCCAUUAAAGCUUCGACUUCAAACACCAUAUCAUCUUUGAAUUUCGACAACCAUAAAGUAACUAGCAAUCUGCCAAAGUCUGAAUUUUUCAAAAAUGUCACCGACGUUCCGAUUCUUAAAAAAAUAAUCUACACCUCUUACUGA